AUGGCUGCCGUCGGGCACGCGUUUCCUUCGCCUUCCGCAAUGGCUGCUGUCGGCCUGUGCGUACGCUCGAAGAAGGGUGAGGACGCUAUGAGCUGGCUCGAGGCCGAAGCCGGCGGAGAGGCGCUGCUGCUUAUCAUGGUCGCCGACGGCCACGCCGGUUCGGAGGCGGCACAAAUCAGCGCGGACAACGCGCUUCCUCUCGUGGUCUCCGAGACGAAGGACGGCAGCGCAGCCUCUCUCCAAGCAGCACUCCGCUGCGUGGUCAAGCGGGACGGCGGCGUCGCAGGCGGGCCCCUCCGAGCGUGGCCGGGCGGCCUGGCGGUCACCCGGACGAUCGGCGAUGCCGACUGCCCAUACGUAUCUGCGGUCGCCGCGCUGGUGCGCGAGUGCGCCACGGCCACGGACGCGGCCGAGCGGGUGACGACCAAGGCGCUCAAGACGCGCGGCUUGCGCGACGACAUCACUUGCGUCGCCGUGUGGCUGGGGCAGCCGCCGUGGGCAGCGAGCGCGCCACCACGAAAGCCAAAGAGCCUGACGCUCGGGCGGCUCUUCCGUCCGUCCAACAGAGGCGGCUCGUCUCAGAGUUCAUCGGCCGAGUCGUCGUCCGGGUGCACACCCCUCGGGCCGACGCCGCUGCCCUCGCCCUCCGCGUCGCCCAUGGGCUCGCCCGUGUCCAGCGCCAGCGACUUGGAGCUGUUGGGCAACGGAAUGGCCGGCUUGGGCUUGGAGGGUGGGGACGCGGCGGGCGCACCCGAGGCGCAGGAGUCGCGCUCGCCCGUUGUACGUGUCAAGGUGGGCCUGUAA